CGUGGGGGCUCGGGCCCGUCAAUUCAGCUACAGAUGUAACACCGGUAACGCUGACGGAUCCGGUCCCAAACCCUCCGGCUCCGUGACCCGUGUGCGGAACUGGGGCUGCAGCCUCGAACAAGCUACGAUGACAGGGAAGGUUCCCUCGUUCUCCCCUGGCUGCACAGUGAGCUCCGCUCUGCCCGGCUACGUCGCUCUCUGCCUCGCUCUACAGGUUCCCAGGCUGGUGUCAGCACAAUUCACAGUGACUGGACCUAACCAUCCAAUCGCUGCCUCCCUAGAUGGGGAGGCCGUCCUGCCCUGCCACCUCUCCCCCAGGAUAAGCGCUGAGAACAUGGAGGUGAGAUGGUUCCGAUCCCAGUUCUCUGCAAUCGUGCACCUGUACCGUUAUGGGCAGGAUCAGUAUGGACAGCAGAUGCCGGAAUAUCGAGGAAGAACUGAGCUCUUGAAAGACGACAUCACCAAUGGGAGAGUUUCCCUGAGAAUACAUGAUAUCCGGCCCUCCGAUGAUGGACAGUAUACGUGUUUUUUUAAAUCCAACGUGUCUUAUGAAGAAGCUUUAUUAGAACUGCAGGUGGCAGGUUUGGGCUCUGCUCCUGCCAUCUCUGUGGAGGGACAUCAGGACGGAGGGAUCCGGGUGGUGUGUCGAUCAGCUGGAUGGUACCCAAAGCCCGAGGCUCAGUGGAGAGAUCCUCAGGGGCAGGUCUUACCAUCAGCCUCUGAAAAAAUAUCCCCAGAGGCCAAUGGCCUGUUUCAAGCAGAGAUUGUCACUGUUCUAACUGAAGAGUCCAACCAGAAAGUGUCCUGCUCUGUCAGGAACCCCCGACUCAACCAGGAGAGAGAGUCAGAGAUUUCAAUAGCAGAGCUGUUUUUCCCGAGGGUCAAUCCCUGGAUGGUGGCUCUGGGUGUGAUCCUGUCUCUCCUGGCUGUUCUCAUUGGCCUGGCCAGUUACUGCUUCUGGAGGCAACACAGAGCGAAAGAGAAACUGCAGGGUGAACUCAGUUGGGAAAAAGCCCGACAAUAUGCAGUGGACGUGACUCUGGAUCCAGACAGGGCAAAUCCCUGGCUCGUCCUGUCUGAGGAUCGGAAACGUGUGAGAAAUGGAGACAAACGCCAGGAUCUGCCCGACAACCCUGAGAGAUUUGAUUGUUGUGUCUGUGUCCUGGGCGCUGAGGGGUUCACGGGCGGAAGGCGUUACUGGGAGGUGGAGGUGGGAGACAAGACAGGCUGGGAACUGGGGGUUUGUAGGGAAUCUGUGAGCAGGAAGGGAUGGUUCAUAGCCACACCUGGGAAUGGAUGCUGGGUCGUGCAGCUGAGGGAUGGAGGAUACAAGGCCUGCACCUACCCCAGGAACCCCCUCCCCGUGAGCGUCAGGCCCAGCCGGGUGGGGAUUUUCCUGGACUAUGAGGCGGGCGAGGUCUCGUUUUACAAUGUGACUGACAGGUCCCAUCUCUUCACUUUCACUGGCACCUUCUCCGGGAAGCUCCGCCCUUAUUUCUAUCCUGGUGUCAAUGCUGGGGGUACAAACGUGUCUCCCCUGAUAAUCUGCCCGGUCCCAGCUCAGGCCGGAGGGAAUCUCUGUCCCUGACAGUGACCCCGCGGCACAGACUGGCCCCUCCCAGCCCUGCUGCUCUUCCCACCCCCAGUGGUGGGGGCCAGUUACUGCAGCAACUGGACUUUCUGUGCUGACCGGACGCUGCCAGUUUCCCUUUUCAACUGGAGGUUCCAGUCGAAAACUGGACACCUGGCAACCCCCAGCCCCCACCUUUCCCGUCCCCUGCCCCAGGGGUAGCAGGUGGUGGGGGAUGGGGUCAUUCACUCCAGUCAGA